AUGACUUGUGGACUGCCGGCAGAUCCCAGCAAGAUGACAGUCGUGACGGAGCAGGUGGAGGUGAGGGGCGUCCCCCGGCCCUCGAUCGCCCCCGGGACCUCACUGCAGCUGGGCGGCAGGGGCAGCGGGAGGGCGAAGGGGCGGCGGCGGGCGUGGCUGCUGUCGGGGGUCGUCAGCGUCAACAUCCUGAUCCUGGGCUGCGCCAUGGUGAGCGGCAGCGCCUUCAACGACGUGGCCGUCUCACCUGUCGACCUGCAGAUCUUCCUCACCGUCCUCCUCAUCCUCACCACCGCCUGGAUGGUGUACUACACGGCCUUCACCGCCCGCAAAGACCACGCCGUGCUCUACAAGGAUGGGCACGCCGGGCCCGUCUGGCUCAGGGGAGGGCUGGUUCUUUUUGGAGUCUUUAGCCUGGUCAUGGACGUCUUCAAAAUCGUAAACUAUGUGGGCUACCUGCACUGCGACUCGGCGGUGAACAUCGUCUUCCCUGCUGUGCAGGCCGUCUUCAUAAUGGUACAGACGUACUUCCUUUGGUUCCACUCCAAGGACUGCGUACAGGUGGAGAAGAAUAGAACAUGCUGUGGCCUCAUGCUCUCCCUCUCCACCAAUCUGAUCAUCUGGAUGGCCGCGGUCACCGAGGAGUCUCUACAUCAGACUGUCGUCCCGGAAAACGCAACCGCAAGAGCGAGCGGGCAGGACGGGGAUUGCUAUUGCAGUCACUCGGCAUGCGGGGUCUUCGAGACGGCCUACUACUACCUGUACCCCUUCAACAUCGAGUACAGCCUGUUCGCCUCCGCCAUGACCUACGUCAUGUGGAGGAACGUGGGCCGGCUGGUGGAUGAGCACGGACACCACCCCCACCCCCACCCCCGCUUCCGCCUGCGGGGGGUGCUGGUGGGCCCGUCGGCCGGGCUAGUCAUGCUGGUGGCGGGACUGGCCACCUUCGUGGUGUACAAGGUGGACGUGACAUCGAGCAGCGAGGCAACGAAGCACGCCGCGCUGGUGAUGCACUACGUGAUGAACACAGUGGCCGUCUCCCUGAUGUCGGCCACCAGCGUGGCCGGCCUGGUGCUGUACCGGCUAGACAAGAGGGCCCACGUGUCGGGCAAGAACCCCACGCGGCUCCUGGACGUGGGUCUGCUGCUGGGGGCCUCCCUGGGCCAGAUGACCAUCUGCCACUUCACGGCGGUGGCGGUGGUGGGCACGGGACACGUGGGCGAGCUGGACGCGCUCAACCUGGCCUGCUCCCUGCUGACCGUGCUACAGCUGUGCCUGCAGAACGUCUUCAUCAUCGAGGGGCUCCACCGCCAGCCCUUCCCCGAGGCCCACGCCGACCUCGUCAUCGCCAACGCCGCCGCCGCCAUCCCCGCCCUGCCCCCUGCCGAAGGGCAGCAGCCCUCCGUUGUGGCCGUCGUGGAAACCAAGUCCGCCCGGGUCCGCGCCAGUCACAGCGCGGCUGUCCCCGCGGUGCCCCCACGCCUCCACCUCACCUGGAAGAGGUGGGCCCUCAAGGAGGUGUGCUGCUUCAUGCUGCUUUGUAACGUCAUCCUCUGGAUCAUGCCAGCAUUCGGCGCCCGCCCCCAGUUCGACAACCCAAUCGGGUUGCACUUCUACGAGGAGACCAUGUGGGUACCGAUCGUGAACGUUGGGCUGCCGUUCGGCAUCUUCUACCGAAUGCACUCGGUCGCCAGCCUCUUCGAGGUUUUCCUGACCUCAUGA